GGAGGGGCCGAGAGGGGCUCGGGCUGGAUCAUCGGAGGCCGGGGGGAGGGGGGGGGGAAAGGAUUGGACUGUACCAAGGCUCCUUGCAUAGGGGUGGGUUCCGGCUUUACUGAACUCCACGGAAAGGGGGUCAUUCAGCUCCUCAAGCCCACAUCCAGCCUGGGGGGAAGAUGAAACCAGCGAAGAAGGCCGCCAGCUCCUCCUCCUCUUCCUCUUCUUCCAGUAGCAGCAGCCGGUCUCCGCCCUCCACCCGGGCCAAGGCUCAGAAACGCAAGACCACCCUCGAGGAGGGGCCUCAACCUGAGGAAGGGGGUGGGGAGGAGGCUCCCGAUCAACCCCCGGCAUUUGUGGGGGCUCGGCGCAUGCAAGUGAAGAUGGACCCCAGCCUGCGGGAGUUGGCGGGAGCUCACGAUGACCCUUAUAAGCUGCCGGAAGGGGAGGGAGAGCCGGGAGCUGAUGCCUGCGGGCCGGAGGUCUCGCUGAACCGCAGGGCAGCUUUUAAAGUCCGCGUGCCCAGCAGGAAGUACCCGGGGGGCGAGGAGUCCAAUGGCAGCGAGGGCCUGGCGGUGCCUGCAGAGGACGAACCCAGGCGCUGUCCCUCCUCCAGCACGGACACGGCCAGCGAGCACUCCGCUGACGAGAACGACAAAGGGGCAGGGGACCUGUGGUCGGUGCCCCCGAGUGGGUAUGACAUGCGGCAGUUGCGCUCACAGCGGGUGUUAGCCCAGCGGGACGGGAUCUUUCAACCGGCUAUCGUGAAGCAAAUCCGGCGGGGGCAGGACUUGGGGGUGCAGUUUGUUGCCGACCGUGUCACGGCCUACUAUGAAGGGGCGCUGGGGUCCAGCGCUGUGGACGUGGUCCUGGAUGCCAUCCCACCGCCAGCUGCUUUGACGGUGGGCACAGCCGUCUGUGCUUGCGUGGACUCCGAGGAGACGGCGUAUCGGGAAGGCACCGUGGUUGAAGUGAGUGCCAAGCCACCCUCGUACAAAGUUCUCUUUGCCCGGCCGGUGGUCCUCCCUGGCUCCGCUGCUGCCCGGAAAGACUCUGCCUGGGUACCACGCUCCGCCCUGCGCCUUCUGCGUCCCCCUUGGCGAUCUGAAUCCCUCCCCGAUGAUAACAGACAACCUGAGAAGCCCCCUCCCUUGCCGGAAGAGGAGGAGGUGUCUUUGGCUCACCCGUGCCCGGAGCCAAAACAGCCAGAAGACGCAGAGGUCUCAAAGAUCAGCGCUGGGGUGCGGGCAGAGGAAAAGUCUGUGGCUGUGCCCCCCCAGAUUCUGUCGCCUCCCAAGUCCCCCGCAUUCCCUCGCCUGCCCGAGCAGCCGUCACCUUUGCUGAGCCCAGAAGCAACCGGCAGUCGUAGCAGCAGCGUGAUGUCGGUGGACAAGUGCAGCACUCCAGGCUCUUCUCGCUCCCGCACACCCCUCACGGCCGCUCAGCAGAAGUACAAGAAAGGGGACGUGGUGUGCACCCCCAACGGCAUCCGCAAGAAGUUCAACGGCAAGCAGUGGCGGCGGCUUUGCUCGCGGGAGGGCUGCAUGAAGGAGUCGCAGCGCCGGGGCUACUGCUCCCGCCACCUGUCCAUGCGCACGAAGGAGAUGGAGAGCCUCUCGGAGGGACGGGCCAGCGGGCUGCGGGAAGGCAGCGCUGAGUUUGACUGGGACGAGACCUCUCGGGACAGCGAGACCAGCAGCGCUCGGGGGGACUCGCGGCCCCGCCUGGUGGCCCCGGCUGACUUGUCGCGAUUCGAGUUUGACGAGUGCGAGGCAGCCGUCAUGUUGGUCUCCCUAGGAAGUUCUCGUUCUGGCACUCCCUCCUUCUCCCCCGUCUCCAACCAGUCCCCCUUCUCCCCUGCACCUUCGCCGUCCCCCUCCCCGCUCUUCGGCUUCCGUCCAGCCAAUUUCAGCCCCAUCAAUGCAUCGCCUGUGAUCCAACGGGGGGCCCCCCGCAGCCGUCACGUUAGCGCGAGCACCCCCAAGGGUGUCGGGGGCACCGUGCUGAGCCCGGAGAUGUUGCACCACGCCUCUCCUCGGGAGCGCCACCAUUCAGGGAUCUUGUCCGCCUUCCAGACCAACCUGACUUUCACGGUCCCAAUGAGCCCUGGCAAACGGAAAGCCGACUCCCACCACAGCAGUACCGGCUCGGCGACCGACUUCCACAAGACUGACAGUCUCGACUCGGGGGUGGAGUCUGUCUCGCACACGCCCACCCCUUCCACGCCCGCCGGCUUCCGGGCCGUAUCACCCGCGGGUGCAGGGCCUUUCUCGUCCCGCUCCCAGCAGGCUUCUCCGCUUCUGUUGGUGCCGCCGCCCGCCGGGUUGACCUCUGAUCCCAGCCCCACCGUGCGCAGAGUGCCCGCGGUGCAGAGGGACUCUCCUGUCAUUGUGCGCAACCCGGAUGUCCCGCUGCCCUCCAAGUUCACCGAGAAACCUAUGGAGGGCCGGGUGGGCAGCCCCCGAAUGGGCAAGGCCGGCUCCAAGGAACACCUGGUGGGCAAGGGGCAGCUGCAGGUGCCGGUGCCCAUUAACGUGGGCCGGACUCUGCCUUCCAGCCAGCCCAGCGCGACCUCUGCCCCUGAGCAGGCCCCACCCAUUUUCAGCGUCUCCUCCCCUUUCCAGCCUGUCGCCUUCCACCCCUCUCCAGCUGCCCUCUUGCCUGUCAUCGUCCCUGGCGAGUACACUAGCCACCCUGCCCCCAAGAAGGAGAUUAUCAUGGGAAGACCCGGCACAGUGUGGACAAAUGUGGAGCCACGGUCUGUGGCGGUGUUCCCGUGGCACUCCCUGGUCCCCUUUCUGGCUCCCAGCCAACCGGAUUCCUCUGUACAGCCCAGCGAAGGCCAGCAGCCUGUCAGUCACCCCUCCACAUCCAGUCAGAACAAAGAGCCUCCAGAAUCGGCCGCAGUGGCUCAUGAGCUUCCUGGUGCGUCUUCGGGGGCUGAGAUGGGAAGACCAAACACCUCUCACCCCGACAGCCCGGCCCCAGUUCCCCAACCAUUGACAGUGACACCGGGAGGGGGCGGUGGGCCCCCACAGCAUGACGAUGAUGUCCCCGGGCACCCGCGUCUGGACAGCGAGACGGAGAGCGACCACGAUGAUGCGUUCCUGUCUGUCGUAUCUCCUGAAAUCCAGCUCCCUCUGCCGCCCGGGAAGCGCCGUACCCAGUCGUUAAGCGCCUUACCCAAGGAGCGGGAUUCCUCUUCCGAGAAGGACGGACGCAGUCCUAAUAAGCAGAGAGAAAAGGAUCACAUUCGGCGGCCUAUGAACGCUUUCAUGAUCUUCAGCAAGAGGCAUCGGGCUCUGGUGCAUCAGCGGCAUCCCAACCAGGACAACCGUACGGUCAGCAAGAUCUUGGGAGAGUGGUGGUAUGCGCUGGGGCCCAAGGAAAAGCAGAAAUACCACGAUCUGGCCUUCCAGGUGAAGGAGGCCCACUUCAAAGCACACCCCGACUGGAAGUGGUGUAACAAAGACAGGAAAAAGUCCAGCUCGGACGUGAAGCCCGCAGGUCCGGGGGGGUGCACCAAGGAGAUGCGAGAACGCAGCAUGUCGGAGACAGGCACUGCUGCUCUGCCAGGAGGCCCUUCGGAGAUGCAGGCGCUGCUGGGAUCAGAGGGCAAAGUGGGUGUUGUGGGAUCCGGGCACGGCCAUGGGGAACGGAUCCUGCCCAUGUCGGGACCUGGGGCUCAGCGGCCGCGGGCCUUCUCCCACAGCGGGGUGCAUGGGAUGGAGAAUGACCGUGACAGCCAGGUGCUGCAGGAGCUCACUCAGAUGUGCUCAGGACAGUCUCCAUACGUCAGCGGGAAGGGGCAGUACGGGGGGCUGGGCCCCUCGGGGUCCCCCUUUGCCACUCCAGGCGAAGGACCCCGCCCUUCCCUGCUCCCGCAUCCCUCCCGGGCUUCCCGGUCUCAGCGCACUACCAGUGAGGACAUGACCAGUGACGAAGAGCGCAUGGUGAUUUGCGAAGAGGAGGGCGACGAUGACGUAAUUGCCGAAGACGGGUUCAACCCAGCCGACAUCGACCUGAAAUGCAAGGAGCGCGUGACGGACAGUGACAGCGAGGGGUCCUUGGGCGAAGAAGCGGACAACAAGGACUUUGGGCGUAAGCUGUUCCCUCCAGUGAUCCGCUCGGCAGCCGUGCCCCCCUCCUCUGGUGCCUUUGUCCCCUGUCGUCCGCCACCCCCCCUAGACCUAGAGCCCCCACCGCCUCACGGCCCCGAGCAGCAGCCCUCUUCCAAGUCCUACGGCUCCCUCCAGAUGACGUCCAGCACCUUCAAGAGCCAAGACUCCCGAGGUGGGCUGUGUCCUCACAGUGCUCCGGCAAAGCGUUUGGAGCCCCGCUUUGACCCAACCGCCGCCCCCUACAGGCGGAAGCGGGCGGACAGCGCUGGCGGUUCCCAGGCGGCCGUGGACUCUGGAACGCCCCUCCCAGCCGCGCCUACACAUUCGGUCAUCUCCCCGCCCAGCAGCGUGGUGCAGGCUGUGGUGCUGCCACCACCCGAUUCCGUCCGCGCGACCUCCGGCUCGGUGCUGGUGACGGCCCCUUCCAUGAGCGCCCCCAGCAUGGGGGUGAUCGGCUACAGCGGGGCACCCAACCCAGUGCGCACGGCUUCCACCGUGGUCACCAACGUGGUCAAACCAGUCAGCAGCACACCCGUGCCCAUCGCCAGCAAGCCCUUCCCACGCGGGUCAGGGGAGGGGCCGCCGUUGCUCAGCCCUCCCCCCUCGGACGGCAGCGGCAAGCUCGAAGGGGUUUCCAUGGGGCGCAUCGGACUUAUUUACGCCGACAAGAAGCACCCGCAGCCCUGCACGAUGUCUGGGAUUCAAGCCACAUCUCCUCAUUUAGUCGCCGGGCCGCUCAUCGGGCAAGGCUUGGCUGCCGUCGGCAAAGGCCCUCCCAACCAGGGCAGCGUCGUGACCAACCUUCUGGUGGGGACUCAGGGUUACGGGCAGCCAAGUAGCGCCGGAGGGGCCGGCAUCCCAGUGACAGUCUUGCCGCCCGGCGCCGCCAUUACCCAGCAGCCCUCGGUGCAGUUCAUCACCCAGAAUCCUCCCGGGCCGGGGCAGAACGGCCCGGUGCCCCUCAGCAUCCUGCAGCCCCAAGGCAUCCUCUCCGGGACGGCGGGCAAGGCCGGCGGCAUCACCCAGGUGCAGUACAUCUUGCCCACCUUGUCUCAGCAGUUGCAGGUGGCCGGAGGGAAAGUGCCAGCCGGGGCAGGCGGCCCCGGAGCCACCAGCAUUCACUUCACUCUGCCCCCGGCCAAUGGGAAGGUCAUCACGGCGCCCCAGGCGAUCCCCAUCAUCCAGCCUGUACCAGGAAGCAGUAAUAACAGCGUCACUGUUGUCUCUUCAGCACCCAAAGUUCAGUCUGUGUCUCCAGUACAAGCCCCGUCUCCUGGAAGUUCAGCCCACCUCAGGUCUGGGCAGGUGGUCCCUCCUGCCAGCCUCCAAGUGCAAGGCAAGGUCCUGGUGCCCAUGGCAGCCCCCUCCCAGGUGACCGUGCGGACCACCACGGCCGCCCAGCUGCCUCUGGUGACCCCGCCAUUCCCCGUGCCGGUGCAGAACGGGAGCCAGCCAGCAAGCAAGAUCAUCCAGCUCACGCCGGUGCCGGUGGUUCAGCCCCAGCCCUCCACACAAAGCAACGCCGUGCUGGUGCCCCCGCUCAGCCCUGCUGCUCUCCAGGGCACAGUCGCCACGGCCGUCGUGGGCUCCCCGAGCCAAGCCCAGAAGGUCCUGUUGCCCUCCUCCACCAGGAUCACCUACGUGCAGUCAGCGGCCGGGCACCCCCUCUCCCUGGGAACCUCGGCCUCCCACACACAGCCCAGUGCCCCCCCGGCCGCCCCUGCCACCACCUACGUCCAGUCCCCGGUGGGCCCUGCCCCCAUGGCGCUGGGUUUCACGGCGAUCGGGCCAAACGGGCAGGCCAUUGUGCAGCCGCUGCUCUCGGGUCAAAGCCCUCUGUUGGCUCCGGGGCAAGUUGGGGUGUCCCCGCUCCAAAGCCCCCAGCUGCCGGCUUCCUGCACCGGACAGGGGCAGGUCAUCACUGCCAUCUACCCCAGCCCCGCGGGGACCGGACCAGUGCAGCCGCCCACCCCCAGCGUGGUCUACACGGUAGCAGCCACGAGCACUGCCACCGUCUCUUCUCCCACGGCCAUCCUGCCCAAAGCGGGCAGUGCCCAGACUUCCGGAGGCCCCAGCCAAGGCCUCGUCUCCUCAGCCACUCAGGUCGUCCCUUCAGCAGCCGCCCGGCCUCAACGCCCGCCCCUCAAGCCUCCCCAGAAGGUGAAGGCCGCCAUCGCCAGCAUCCCCAUCGGCUCCUACGAAUCUGCCCCCUCCCCGGGUUCGGUUCGCCCCACCAUGGGCCAGCAGCAGGAGCCCGGGGGGACGCGCUACCACCGGGAGGCUGAAGGCGCCGGGGAGCGGGUUUCGCGAGACAUGGGGCCCCAGGAGCCGCCUCCUUCCCCUGCCUCUCGUGGCGCCGAACAGAGUCCGGCGGGGCCAGCCAAGCCCCAGGAACUGAAGCGGGAUUCCUGGGAGCCAGUGUCUCCCCCGUCUCCCCAGCAGCCCCCAGUGACGGAGAUGCAAACCGCCGAAGCUUGGAGCCAGCGGGAAACGUCAACCGGGCCCAGUGAGGAGAGGGCGGUCCGUGAUCCACUGCCCGCCCCACCAUCGAGCAGCAAAGGGACUGAGGCGGCUCUGAAAUUCCCCACGUCUCCCGAUUGGAGAGCAGAGGGUCGCUCUGAAGCUUCGGUAGCACCCAUGGGGUCGUCUUCCCACAGUCCUGGCCUGCUGAGCCCGGGUGAGGGCUCCAGAGGCGGGGCCUCGGCACUCGUGGCACCGACAGCCCCUGUGUCCGAAGGGCCCGAACCAAAGGAGGGGCCCGUGGGGAAGAAAGUGAAAGUCCGGCCUCCUCCGCUGAAGAAAACGUUCGACUCGGUUGACAACAGGGUUCUGUCGGAGGUGGAUUUCGAGGAGCGUUUUGCCGAGCUGCCCGAAUUCAAGCCGGAGGAGGUGCUGCCCUCGCCCACUCUGCAGUCCCUCGCCACUUCGCCCCGCGCCAUCCUGGGCAGCUACCGCAAGAAACGCAAGAACUCCACCGACCUCGACUCCUCCACGGAAGACCCCAUCUCCCCCAAGCGGAAGAUGCGCCGUCGCUCCAGCUGCAGCUCAGAACCCAACACCCCCAAGAGCGCCAAGUGCGAAGGAGACAUCUUUACCUUCGACAAAACCGGCACUGACACAGACGACGUACUUGGAGAGCUGGAGUACGAGAAGGUGCCGUACUCAUCACUCCGACGCACCUUGGACCAGAGGAGAGCUUUGGUCAUGCAGCUCUUUCAGGAUCAUGGCUUCUUCCCUUCAGCCCAGGCCACGGCGGCGUUCCAGACCCGCUACUCCGACAUCUUCCCCACCAAGGUCUGCUUGCAGCUCAAGAUCCGAGAGGUGCGGCAGAAGAUCAUGCAGGCGGCCACCCCCACGGAGCAGCAGGCGCCCAGCAUGCCGGAGCCCGGCAGCUUUGCCGGCCAGAGCGGCUCCGCCGAAGGGCAGCCUUCGGAACUGGCUCUGGCACAGGACUCGACGCCGGGUGGAGCAGAGGCCGCAGCCCCCCCAGCCCCACCUUCCACCGCAGCUGCCGGCUGGGACUGUAACCAGCAGUCUUCCCCUGGGGGCGGCGGCAACAGCAACACCAGCAGCAGAUGAACGGACGGCGACGAGCGGCCGAGCGAGAUAUAAAACAGCCUUGCGGGGAGGGAGGGAGGGAUCCUGGAGCUUUGCCCCCUCCCCAUCUCUCCUCCCCACACAUGCUCUUCCCCUGCUAACUUUUGCCUUCCCCAAAAGGGACUGGAAAGGGGGGAUAUUGGCUACCCUUGUCCUGCGCGAACUCUUCCUGGCCUCCCUCCUCAUGCUCCUCCUUGGCUAUUUUGCUGGUUGGGCGGGGGGGGGGGGUUGUGGGCUCCUUCGGGUCCCUCCCACGGACAGGAGGGGUGGCACGGGGGAAAUAGCAGCCAUUCCAGGACAUGAGCGGAGAUGCCCGUGGGAUCUCCGGGGCGUGCGGGGGAGGGUGCAGUAGAUCGUGGGCAGCGGAUACAUGUCAAGCCACGGGUUCUAGUCCUCUUCCUCCUUUUAACAAUGUUAAAUAUUUUCAGACUGUACCCCACUCCCCCCAAUGCAUACUCGUUGCUUCUGUGUCAGUAACCGGGGAGGGUGAGGGAAGUCUUUCCACCCACUGCAGCAGAGAAGGGAGGGACGUGCCUCCUUCACGGGAAAUUUGCUUUUGGCCCUUCGUUCGGAAAGGCCUGAUUAGGAGAGGAGGAGGCAGAGCGCGUACCGGAAGGUGACUUUUCCCAUGUGGUCAAACCUGGGAGCGGAGUAGAGUUAUUGGGGGGAGAUGAGACUUUGCUGACUCAGCAGCGCGCAGCCGGAAUCCAGCCGGGAGCAGAGAUGGUCCUUGGGUGCAGAAGGUGACCCGGUUGGAGAGCUGUGCCAGCAGGCGGGGGCUCCCCCCAGGCGUGAGCGCGCUGGUGGCCGAAGCCACAUGUUGACCAUGUGUAACCCCUUCUGUAUCGGGGUGGCCCCACCUCACAUGCUAUUAAAGCUCUUUAACAAUC